ACCUCGGACGACCUGGAGCAGUUCGCUAAGCAGUUCAAGCAACGGCGAAUCAAACUGGGAUUUACCCAAGCGGACGUGGGGCUGGCGCUGGGCACUCUGUACGGCAACGUGUUCUCGCAGACCACCAUCUGCAGGUUUGAGGCCCUGCAGCUGAGCUUCAAGAACAUGUGCAAGCUGAAGCCUUUGUUGAACAAGUGGUUGGAGGAGGCGGACUCAUCCUCGGGCAGCCCCACGAGCAUAGACAAGAUCGCGGCGCAGGGGCGCAAGCGGAAAAAGCGGACCUCCAUCGAGGUGAGCGUCAAGGGGGCUCUGGAGAGCCAUUUCCUCAAAUGUCCCAAGCCCUCGGCCCAGGAGAUCACCUCCCUCGCGGACAGCUUACAGCUGGAGAAGGAGGUGGUGAGAGUUUGGUUUUGUAACAGGAGACAGAAAGAGAAAAGGAUGACCCCUCCCGGAGGGACUCUGCCGGGCGCCGAGGAUGUGUACGGGGGGAGUAGGGACACGCCACCACACCACGGGGUCCAGACGCCCGUCCAGUGAACUCGAGCGGGGGGGAGGGGCAGAGCGCGGGGCUCCCCCUCCCCUUGGGUCCGUGGCCCUCUCCUGGCCCCCUUGUUCCCUCGCUAACUUCUGAUUGUUCUUUUAUUUUUAAUUAUUAUUUCCCCUCCCUUAAAAAGAAAAAAAAAAUAAGGAAAAAAGAAAGCAACUAAGACACUGGACUAUCCUAUAAACGGUAGCAGGUGUAAUGAUGUGUUUUGACCUUUGCAGGCGAGUACCCAGGCGAGGGAGUGGAGUGUCUCCUAGAGAGAGUGAGGAGAGAGUGUGUGAUAGAGCGCGAGAGAGCGAGAGAGAAAGAGGUGGCAAGCACUGAGAUAAAUACCUGGCAAAACUAAAUAAAUUACCAAAAAGAAAAAAAGAUCCACCAAACCGUGAUAAACACAAAACGCAGCUUCCUCGAUGCUCGCAGCUGGCACAUGCUGUUGUGUUUAUUCGAUGUGGAUUCCCAUCAGGAAAGAGGAAAAAAUACACACAUUCUUUAAUACAGUCAAAAUUUAAUCACAUAAAUUUGCACUGCAAGAAAACUGAAGUUUACUUGAACAAAUUCAUGAACAUUUUUCGCUUUCUCCCCAUUCUUUCUGUUGGAAUUGCCUUUGGGGUUUUGUUUUGUUUUGCUUUAUUCAGCAGAGAGUUGAGGCCAGCUCUUGGCUGCUCUCCAUUUCUAAUAUCCUUGUGUUGCCCCUUGUCCUUCCUGUUUGUGAACUUUGAUUACCUUCAGAUCCUCCUUACGUUGGUGUAACAUUUAUUUCUCCUUUUACCAAAGCAAAAUGAUUGGCAUCGUACAAAAUAAAAAAUUCUCUGCUUUCAGGAAAUGUACAUGGUCUACACGCUUUAUCUAAGGCAAGAAUCCAGUUUGCAUAUAAAAAAUAAGAGUCAAGCAUUGUUUUUUGUCACCAGCCACUAAGUAAACUUCAUUUUCAGGCAGUGUUUCUUGGGGACCUUAUGAGGGGAGAAAAAGAAAAAUCGAUAGUGAAUAUCUGAUUGCUUCAUUUUAUCAGGCAGGCCCAUUGUGAAAGAGUUCAGAGGAAAUGUGGAGGUUAAAUAUAUUUUCAGAGUUGUCCAACAGAAAAAAGUGGCACUUUGAAGAGAGCUAGGGAAAUAUAUAUCUUUAUAUAUCUCUGUAUAGUUCUCUGCCUUCAAUUUUAAAAAUUAUGAGGAAUUCUUUGUAAUGACAGCAGUGGCUAAACUUUGUUCCUCUAAUGCUUUUUUUUUAAAAAAAAAAAAAAGAGAGAGAAAUAGAAAACAACCCAAAAACUUAAUGAUGUAUGCAUAGAUUGUUUCUUACCACACAAAUACUCAUAUGCAUACAUAGACUAUCUCCACUAAGUAGACUGGUUUUGUCUAUAUUAGUUCAUUUGUUUUUUAUAAAGUCAUAUUUAGGGCCCCACACCUCAUCUCCUGUAAUUUACUACAGAAAAUACCAGUUUGACUUGACAGCUUUUUCCCCUCUCUUUCACUAAGGAAGCCAAAUGAAGGGGGAAAAGAUGUCAUUUUCAAUCCUUCCUUUCUCCCCUUUGUUAAUAGUUUUAAGUGCAUUUUUUAACCUUAUCUUGAUGGAAAACAGUUAACUCCCAUACAAAAGACUCUACUGGGAAGUGUAGGUGAAAAAACUUGUAACUGUAUUGAAAAUAAAUACCAUUAAACUGUGAUCAGUUAAAAUUUUCAAAAAUAAUCAGCACAAAAGGGCGCUAAAAGGGAACACACUUUUUAUUCAUCUUCAAAGUUUGGGGCUUUUUUUCUGGUUAGGUACUAGACGAAUUUUUAUUUAAAAAGAUUAAAUUCUCACUACCAUAAAAUUAUGGUUCAGCAUCAGAUUAGCAUUGCACUCAGUAGUUAAGGUUUUAGGAAAUAUGCUUUAUAUUGUCUUUUUCAAACUCCUGUGAUUGUUUCAUUUUCAAUGUUUUGCAAGAUAAAUGGUGACUUAUAAUGGGCAUAUUUAUUUGCCUGUACUUCAUUUCCCCCAAUGAAUGUCACAAGGAGAUGGGCACGGAGCUGCUUCGGUGCGUCACACUGCUUGUUCCUGAGGUGUGGGGACUGGCCUUUAGUGAAGCAAUCCAGAGCAGGGCAGAUAGCCAAUGGUAAAGGGAGGAAAUGAAUUUUCAGAUACUUAUUACCAAGUAGGUAAGGUCAGAACUGGAGUUCAGGGGAUGUGUCGGUAGCCCCUCUGACUCUCGUAGGUUUACUAAGAUGAAAGUUACCACUGAACCUUACCACUAUGUAUAUAUGUUUAAUAUCUGUCUUUUGAAAUGCAGAAAUAGUUUAAAUGUUUCUUUGUCUAUUUUUCCUUUUUUUUAAUGCUACCCAGGGAAAUAUUUUCAUAUCAUUUUUAAGUGGCCUGCCUCAAUGUAUAUUUAUUUCUUUUGAAGCAAAAAGGUUCUGGAAACUGUUUUUCUGUAGCUUUAAAUGAGUAGGUGAGCAAAAUCUAUAUGGGAUGUAAUUUUUUUUGUUCAGUCUCUUUAAAAAUACUUUGUUUUGGUACAUUUGGAUGUGCUUGUGGGGAAAAUAAAAACGCAGAGAUCCUUAUAUAUUUAUGUUAAAGUAAUAUUUUAUUAUCUACAUAAAACAGAA